GAUCCGAAUAGGCUUCAUCUUGUUUGGCAUGUAAACCUUGAAUGGUGAUCACCAAUUAAUACAUUUUCUUUGCUGUUAUCUACGAGCUAAGACAGCUAUCAUUCAAAAAGUCCAACAUACAGUACAUACUCACCUCCCUUAAGGUAGGUAGAUAUGAUUUGCCAAAGAAAAAUUCAUAUCUGACAUGCGUCAACAUGGAAAGUGGCUAAAAAGGCUGAGGUUUGCAUAUCGGAUAGGCGUUUAUGCCUUUUCUUUUAGCGACCAAAAAUUGGGAAUUCUCUAACGAAAAGGGGUAUUGUACUUCCUCAAUCGAGUGUUUUGUCGCGAUGUCUUCUCUAUGGAUUGAACGUGAUUUCGUGAUUACCUAGAGGUAGGUACUCCUUCUAUAUACAAAAGCCUACCCAAGUUUUUUGUACACCGCGCUUUCUAUCCCUUUUGGUAAAUUAUUUGGACAUCGAUUGACGCCUUUCAAAAAUGGUGGGCGUGCCUAGAUCUAAACGAUGCGAGCGUUGUAAACGCAUCAAAAUCAAGUGCGAUGAGAACUGGCCGACAUGUACCCCGUGUUUACGUGCUGGGGUCACUUGUUCUGGUCCUCCAAAUCUGAUCAAAUUUAUCCAUACCAGCUCGUACACCUCGACCACUGGCGAAGCGAGGCAUGAUGACGGGGUCGCGACCCAACUCAUCGCGCGUGGGAGGUCGGCUGCCAGCCUAGAGAGCAUCCGUCAGCGAGGAUUACCGGGCGGGGCUUCCUUUGGCCAUUUCCGUCUUGCUCCCGGCGGUCCACGGAACAACCCCACGACUGUGGCGGACCGGGUGGCUGCUCGUCUGGUUGGAUAUCUCACCCACGAAAACGCCACGUGGGACAUCCUAUCAUCGUUUGGUUAUGUAAAGCACCUCCCAGUACGGCUAAACGAAAGUCCCGCAUUGCGAGACUGCGUCGCUUUAAUGUGUUCUACCUGGGUCAAUGCCCGACGAGACUUUUCGUCGGCUCAGCUCAUUGAUUCAAGCCUCUAUGGUAAAGCACUGAGAACUCUCCAGCGCGCUAUAAACGACCAUGAACAGCAACUUAGCAAUGAGACGCUAGCUGCUGCGACCAUCCUAGAACGACUAGAACUUGUGUUUGACAGCCAGCGUCCCUACCAUCGAUCCCGCCAUUGGGAAGGGAUUCAAACUCUCAUGAUAAGGCGGGGUCCACCAAAUCCUCAGGAUAACUUCGCUGUCCACUUGGCGUUCGAGAAUCAUGCAGCCCUCAUCUCGCACUGGGUCGUAGAGGGUGGCGAAAAUUUCUAUUUGAGCUCACCGUGGAAGGAGGCAAUGGAAGAGUCCUUCCUAGCUAUGGAUGCCUCUGUUUCAAGCGAGCAAGCUGAUUACUAUGGCGUAGGUCACUACUAUGGCCAUUGGCCUAGCCUCGUGCAAGGCUUUCAACUCGUUCUUAGUGACGCGGAUGCGAACUCGCAACAAGUACAAGCACUAGCUCUUUAUGAUAAAACCGCACGCCUCGACGCAGACAUCGCAUGUAUCGGCGAGCCAGCUAUGCUGAAGUUCCGUAGGUCGGGCCGUAUUCUCGAAGAAUCAGAUCGCGACUCACCAAUUGGCGUCAAAUUUCACUUUGGAAACUUACAGACGAUGUCCGUUUUGAUAUCCUACGUCAUGAUACGGACUGUUUUUAAUCGGAUAUUAUACCACUUAACAGUUAUGCUAAAUCAACCAGACAUGUCUUUAGAGGUCGAGCACAGAGAACUAUGUAGGAAAAUGUGGAUGUGCAUCCCAUUCUUUAGAAGUUUAGGGGCAGUAACAACUGUCAUAUUUGCCCCUCAACUCUAUUUGUCGUAUGAAGGGGCGAGCGAAAAUGAGAAGGAGUAUUUGCUAGACUUCAUUAUGGAAUUAGUAUCAUAUAGAGGGAGCGCGAGAUAUCCCAGAGAUCGACGGACUGUGGAACGGUUUGUCCUCGAUGCUGCACAAGCUAUGGUAGGCCGGCGUCCCUUUGUUACGAGUAUUUCUUCAUCGCAAAGGGAGGCCGCUCAAGUGGAGACAACGGGGAGUUAGUUGCCUCGAGUAAAUAUGCUUUUUAUUUUCUACCCAUUGUUUAUAGAUUUGCUUUCAUCGUUAACUACCUGAAUAUAUCUUCUAUAACUACGUA